AAGCUAAUAAAAGAACUCCUGGUGACGACGUUGGCAAAUUUACUCAAUGUGCGGGCACCUACCCCAUCACAUUUAAUGAAGUGAGUUACACUCCAACAAUAUGGGAACCUGGUAAUACUGUCACUGAGCAUGUUGUAGGAGAUAGCACUGUUCCGAUUGAAGAUGGAGCUAUAGCAACUUGGAAUAUCUACUUGAAGGAUAAAUUUUUAUUUUCAUUUUCAGCUGACUAUUGUAUACUCGCCGCUGCACUAGACGAGCUAUGUCCAGUUCAACCAGGUCAUUUUGACAAAACAUAUGAAUGGAAAGUGGAAGAAAGCCCAUUUCAACCUAAGGACAUGACUGUUGAUUAUUUUGUAAAUUCUACUG